AUGGAAGAACAUGAUCAAACGAUGAGGAUUAGUGAAGCACAACCAAACGUACAAUCCCCAGAGCACAGCGUACGAACCCUGGCCGCGUCCGCGCCGUCCUCGCCUUCGUCGUCUCCUUCUCAUGAAUUCUCCUUCACCUUCUCCCUCCACCCGCGCGCGAAACACGAUAGCAAGACGAAACACUCUCCUCCGCAUGUCGCUGACGCGAUCGAUCUAUCUCCGGCCAGUGAGAUCUUCUUCCGCGGCCACCUCGUCCCCCUCCACUUCCUCCCUGGCCCCGCCUCGCUGCCGCGCUUCUCCACCAGCUCCCAAGGCAGCUUCACUCUCCCAAUCGAGGAGAUAAACAACAUCAACAACAAUAAUAACAGCAAUAAGAGCUGCCACGUGGCGGAAGAGAAAAAGAAGAAAAAGUCAAAACCCUUCUCUUCUUUCCUUGGGAUUGGGAAAAAGGAGAGAGAAGACAGCGACGACAGCAGCAGCAGCAACGACAACGAUCAGAAUAAUCAGAACACGGAGAACCGUAAAUCGAGAUUCGAGCUGAUCAAAAAAUGCGCGCGAUCUGUAAAGGCGCUUCUGACGCCGGGAGGGCGGCGGCAGGAGAGCUCCGGCGAGUUUAUCCGGCAGCAGCCGUAUUCGACUUCGGGGGAGGUUAGGGUUAGUGAGAAGAAGAGCGUAAUGAGGGGGAGAUUCUCGGCGCCGGUGUCGAUGAGGGCCUCGCCGAGGUACAGCGGCCGGCUGGCAGCGAGCGGCGCCUCGACUCCGCCGAGGAAGAGCGAUGCCACCAUGGAGGAGAUGCAGGAGGCGAUUCGGGCGGCGAUCGCUCAUUGUAAGAACUAA